GAAGUACACUCUUUGGACUGGGUCCCCUGCGUCCUGCUGCCCUCGCCAGCAUGGCCACCGCGCUGCUCCUUCGCCGUCUGUCUUUGGCUAUGGCCGCUCGGCCGCCCCGACGCUUUCUGGGCGCGGCGGCCACGGCGCAUUUCCAGCACCUGCUGGUGGAGAAGAAGGGAGCCGGGCAGAGGGUGGCGGUGAUCCAGCUGAACCGCCCGAAGGCCCUGAACGCGCUUUGCGACGACCUGAUGAAAGAGCUGAACGAAGCGCUGGACGCGCUGGAGCGGGACCCCGGCGUGGGCGCCAUCGUGUUGACGGGCAGCGAGAAAGCCUUCGCCGCUGGCGCCGACAUCAAAGAGAUGCAGCACCGGACUUUCCAAGAGUGCUACGGCGGCAACUUCCUCGCCCAUUGGAACCGCCUGGCCAGCGUCCGAAAGCCGGUCAUCGCCGCCGUCAAUGGCUACGCGCUGGGCGGCGGCUGCGAGCUGGCCAUGAUGUGCGACAUCAUCUACGCGGGCGAGAAGGCGCAGUUCGGGCAGCCGGAGAUCUUGCUGGGUACCAUCCCGGGCGCCGGCGGGACGCAGAGGCUGACCCGAGCGGUCGGCAAGUCUCUGGCCAUGGAGAUGGUCCUGACCGGGGAACGGAUCUCGGCCCAGGAAGCCAAGCUGGCCGGCCUCGUCAGUAAAGUCUGCCCGGUGGAAAAGCUGCUGGACGAAGCCAUCGCCUGCGGGGAGAAGAUCGCCCGCCACUCCAAGCUGGUGGCCGCCAUGGCCAAAGAAGCGGUCAACGCCGCCUUCGAGCUCACCUUAGCCGAGGGCAGCCGGCUGGAAAAGAGGCUCUUCCACGCCACUUUUGCCACGGAGGACCGGAAAGAGGGGAUGAACGCCUUUGUGGAGAAGAGAGAAGCCAAGUUUAAAGACCAUUAAUUCCUCCCACGUGUAGCCUUUUGGGAGGAGGGCUAGAGACGGUGGUGGGCUAGGAAUGCAAUUACCUUUAUAGAAGACAGUAUUGCCAAAAGAGGCCUUUGAUUUGCAGUCUCUGGACCCUAAAAUUACAGCUGUCUCCUUGCCAGAAAGUGGUCCCAGCUCUAAUUAUUGGCACCAUGGUAGAUCUACUGGAGAUUCAUGCAAUAUGACAGAUUGGAUAUACCUUUUUGGAGCAUGCUCCUUCAUGACGUACGCCAAUUUUAUGUCCAGUUGUCCUGUAACAGCAGAGAAGUAAUUUGUGUGAAUGACUAAAGCCUAGAACUGUACCGCUCCAUUUUACAGGGAUUAUAUUAAUUGAAAUGAUAUAUAGAAAGUGCUUGAAGAUUAAAAAUAUUUCUAUUUCACCUUUUGGCUAUAUGAUCCCCAAAGCAUAGCAUAAAAUAAUGGCAUCUAAAUUAAAAACUUACAAUAAGAUUCAAUCAGGAAAGGAAGGAAGGAGGGAAGGGAAGGAAAGGGUAGGGAAGGAAGGAAGAAAGGAAUAGUUCUAGUUAAAAACAACAAUUUUAUUAUCUAAUGGUAAAAUAGUGACUGGGUUAAUUGCUUAACAGAUUUCAGGAGGUAAUUCCAUAAAGAAAAUGCUUUAUAUGUUUUAUAUAUAUAAAAUAAUGAACUGAUAUAAAUUAUAUAGAACAGUGAACUGGUGAUCAGGUUUCUUAUAGCAUUCACCUAUUGCCUUAAGCCCAGGUUGUCAAACUUCCAGCCCAUGGGCUGGAUGCAUCAUGCACUGGCCAUGCCCACGCCCAGUUUAGUGAAGGGGGGGAAAAGUCCAGAUACAUAGUGUGAAACUGCCUUGAUGUUUGACACCCCUGCCUUAAGCGAUACUGUAAUUUUUUUUAAAAAAAAACGUGAUUUUGAAAUCAACUAUUAUAGCUUAUAAACUUAAAUGUAUUAUUUUUAUGCAAGAAUCUGGCUACUUCAAUAAACCAUGCAUGA